AUGUCCGCAACAAACAUCAUGGAUAUGCCGGCCAUGGAACCACCGUUAGGGGUGGUGCCGAACUACGACAACCCUCCUAACCAGAACAAGAUGGUGCUAGCCGUCGUGUCCGUGUGCCUUAUCGUCUCAUCUAUCGCCGUCAUACUUCGUUUCUACUUGAAGUUGGCCGUGCUACGCAAGAUGCAAUUGCAAGAUUAUUUCCUCUUGGCGGCAUUCAUUCUUUACAUUGCUAUCCUGAUUAUGUAUUGUCGGCUCGUCGACUAUCCUGGAUGGUACGUCCAUAUGUGGGAUGUACGCAUGGGAGGCAUGAUAGAGUUCCUGCGUGUCGGGAUCCUCACGACGUCCAUGUUCCUGGGCUUUUUGUUUUCCAUAAAGACGGCUAUUCUAGUGGAGUGGAUCCAUAUCUUUCUCCCCAACGGUGGCAACCGACGGAACCUAUUCUUUUGGGCAUGUCAUUUUGUCAUCUGGGCCAAUAUCGUCUUCUGUAUCGUGAUACUGAUACUGGUAAACCUGGCAUGCGUACCCCACGAAUACCUUUGGAACCGCACUAUCAAGGGCGGCUACUGCCGUAUCAAUACAGCCUAUACUAGCCUGUCAGCCGCCUGUUUCGCCUUUGCCACCGACAUUAUUAUACUAUUCAUCCCACAGCGCAUCAUCUGGACGCUCAAUAUGUCGCACCGCCGCAAGCUCGGCGUCUCAAUCGUGUUUGCUUUAGGUAUGGCUGCGUGUGCUGCCUCUAUUAUACGCCUCUAUUAUACCGUCGCCCGCUCUAAGAGUGUCGACUUAACCUAUCACCUCUCAACGGUACAACUAACAGCCGUCGGCGAGGGUGCUUGCGUUAUCCUGGUCAUGUGCAUGCCUAAUGUGCCCAAGGCUGUCGCCGGACUCAAGCUGACCAAUAUUCUACCAUCAAUUCCAUCGUGGGCCAGUCUGGUGUCAGUUGUCCGUCUCCGCUCGUCGCAGCAGUCACUUAGGAAGAAUGCUGCUGGUAUCGCUGCUGUCUGGCCCACCUCAGCCGACAAGGGCGGCACGAAUUGGCAAAAUGGGCCCGGCUCGGAACGAUACCUUGUUCCUCCGGAGCAGAUGAGCAGCACUAAGCAGUAUGACCUUGAGAUGAAUAAUACUAUCGUCCGCAGCACAGAGAUCCAAACUAACGAGAAUUUCGGAUUUGAUCCGACCGUGGCCGUCCAAGAACAUAGCCGCCAGCACCCGUGGGUUGAGAGGUAG